UGCCACUGCCAGCAGCUGUGUUACAGCAAGAUUCCAGACUGUUCAGCCUACUUGUGCUGUCCUGCAGCUGUUUUACUCAGACUCUUCGGGCAGCUGUGCCAGUACAGUAAGAUUUCAAACUGCAUCUUGAUACAUGCUGGAUCUUAGCUGACAUCUCUUACGCAACUGUGUCAGGAUUGCAGCAUUUCAUUCAACCUGACUCUUAAGUAUCCAGGCCACUGGUACUUUUCCUUAGCUGUCACCUUCUCGGACAGCUGUGCCAGCACAGCGAAGCUUCAGUCUUAACUUUAAGUCUGCAGACCACUGGAACUGUCCAUCAUGUCCCAGGUGCUGACCUGCUCCUACUCUGCCUCCAACUUUGCUAACCUGAUGCAGAACCUGCAGGAUGACCUCCAAAAAGGGCAACUGGCCAUGGAGGACAGUCCAGCAUCCAUGCAGGUGCUUGAGGGAAACCCAGCGCAUCGAGCCAUGGUGGAACGCAGACAACUCAUGACAGAAAUGAGAACACAAAACUUUGAUGUGAUUCGCCUUGGGACCUAUCGAACAGCAUGCAAGCUGCGAUUUGUGCAGAAGAAGACGAACUUGCAUUUAGUAGACAUCUGGAACAUGAUCGAGGCGUUUCGCGAGAACGGACUGAACACGCUGGAGCUGACCACGGAGCUGAACGUGUCUCGGGUGGAGUCCAUCGUGUCGUCCAUCAUGUACCAGCUCAACAAGCGCCUGCCGUCCACCCACCAGAUCAACGUGGACCAGUCCAUCUCCCUGCUGCUCAACUGGCUCAUGAGCGCGUACGACCCGGAGGCGCUCGCCAAGAUGUCGGUGUUCUCCAUCAAGAUGGCGCUGUCCACCAUGUGUGCAGGGAAGCUGGUGGACAAACUCAGAUAUAUCUUCUCACAGAUCUCGGACUCACGAGGACAGCUGGUGUACCCCAAGUUUGACCAGUUCCUACAGGAAGCCCUGGCCCUGCCGUCAGCCGUGUACGAGGGGCCCAGCUUCGGCUACAACGAGACAGCAGCCAAGUCAUGCUUCCAAUCGGCCCAGGUACAAGACCCUGAACGUGUGACCAUCAAUGACUUCCUGGAUGUGAUGAUGGCAGACCCUGGCCCCCCCUGCCUGGUGUGGCUGCCUCUCAUGCAUCGGAUGGCCAAUGUGGAGAAUGUUUUCCACCCAGUGGAAUGUGCAUACUGCCAACGGGAGUCCAUGAUGGGGUUCCGGUACAAGUGCCAACGGUGUUUCAACUACCAGCUGUGUCAGAACUGCUUCUGGCGCGGCUACACCAGCGGGAACCACACCACGGACCACGAGAUGAAGGAGUACUCAUCCUGGAAAUCCCCAGCCAAACAGUUUGGACAUGCUCUGAAGAAGUCCUUCCGCUGUGUGCCAAAACACGCCGAGCCAAACCACCCCAGGUUCCCUGACGAGCCAGAACAGACCCUGGACCUCUCCAACAUCGUGCCACCCUCUCCACCCCCAGCUCUAGCUAAUGAGUCAGCCCUAGCCACCAGUAUCUCUUCAGAGCACACCACACCUACAAAAAGAGUACCUGAAGUUUACCAACCCAGGAUUGCCUCGUCUCCUCCCAAGUUGCGUAUACAGAGGAAAGCCUUCCCUGUGGACACCAUGGACUCUACCACUCGGAUGGAUGACGAACAUCGCCUGAUCGCCCGCUAUGCAGCACGCUUAGCUGCGGAACAGAACGAACAGAACACGACUCCUGUAGAUGUGAGUCCCUUGUUACACCAGUCCCGUAGUCCAGGGACGGAACUCGCCCUCAACUUGGAUGCCAACCGGCAGCAGCGAGAGCUCAUUGCUGAGCUGGAGCACAAGAACAGCCCCCGCGAGGUGGCUGAAAAACUGGCCCAGUGGCUGAGAGAACAGACUGAUCUCUUGUCAGAGUGUCAGCACAAGAAUAGGGAGAUCAUGCGCGAGAUCCAGCGCCUGCGGCAGGAACACGACGAGGCGUCACGGGGGAUGGACGAGUCACGAAACCCGACACUGCUGGCCGAGCUCAGGCUCCUCAGGCAGAGGAAGGAUGAGUUGGAGCUGCGCAUGUCGGCUCUGCAGGAGUCUCGCCGGGAGCUCAUGGUGCAGCUGGAGGGGCUCAUGAAGCUCUUAAAGAGCCACGGCAGCUCCCCCACCCCCCGCUCCACCCCGGGGGGGUCCCCGCUCACUGGUAGUGCCAAAUCCCCCCCUGCUCCUCCCCCUCGCACCACCCCCUCCACGCCGGGGUCGGACAGCCUGAGCGGUGUGGGCGGGGACGUGCGGCAGGCCUUCGGGCCGGGCCAGGCCAACUCGGGGAGGAACCUGCGGAACGACCUGCUGGUGGCGGCGGACUCUGUGACCAACGCUAUGUCUUCUCUGGUCAAGGAACUAAAUUCUGAGGCUGAAGACAGCGAUGAAGAAGACGAUAGGCAAAAUGGUUCCAUCACGGAGGCAGAGACCUUACCUCGGGAGAAACGGGGGGCACUGAUGGGGAAACACGGGAACGGGCGGAGUCACGGGCCACAGGGGCAGGACGCAGACUUCCUGGGGCGGACAGACGAUGAGAGUGUGGAUCCCUCGGGCACUGACGAGGACAGCUACAUCAGAAGCACAGACGAGGAGCGGUGGAACCGCAACACGACAGACGAUGAGAUGUACGAGAGAGAGCGUCAGGGAGGUCACCAGUACACUUACACCUUCUAGCGGGGGAUGAGGCUGAGCACACAGACAGACGAGGAGAGCUACGUACAGACAGACGACGCGGAGAGUUACAUCCGGACUGACGACGAGGACGGGGGCACGGACUGGGAGGAGACGAUGCGGCGCUGGGUGACUCGCUAGACACGGCAGGAGGAGACGCUACAGGAGGGUUUCUUUUUUACAAGCUUCAGCCAAACAUAAGGAACAAAAGCCAAAGUGAUAUGCCCAUAUUUAUAUUCCACAGCAUGGAGCCUAUAUAUUGAGGUAGAAAACUGGCUGUAUUUUAGUUAUGCAUAUGCACAAGGAAACUACAUGCUGCCAUGUGUUUGCCAUUCUUAAGGUAGCUACCUGCCUCACUUAUACACAUUAUUAAGGCAAAGCUUAAGUUAUUUCUAGAUACGUCUUAGGAAUGUAAAUCUGGUCACUUCAUGCCUUACAUAAGACCUUUCUCCUUUACUGUAAUCAGUAAUUACAUAACAUAAUCAGUUCAUAUAGUGCCUCUUAAUUAAGCUGUGUUUAAUCACCUUAGAGUCCUUCUCCCAAACAAAAGACUUAUGCAGGUGUUGAAUACUGCACAUAUUUUCAACCCAUUACUAAAACCAGCUUUGGUAGAUUGGACAGAAUAUUUGCUUUGCCACGCCUCGUGUAAAGAACCAGACAUUGAUUAAUCUCACCGAAAUACAUUAUCUGAGUCACCGUAUUUCCUUACAUGUCUCAUCAUACCUUAAUUCCUUCAGCUAAAUUUUACUACAAAACAUUUGGCUCCAGGUUGAGUUGUUUUUAAUUGGAAGGUAAGAGGUAGAUGGUGGAAGAGCGAGAGGGGUGCAUGGAAAAUGUAGGAAAGUGAUUUUAUGGCAUGGCAUGAAAAGGGAGGAACAAUGUCAGGGAUGCAUGAUCUUUAUGUUUGUAGGAUAUGGUGUUAGUGGUACGUCAGUACAUGUAGGUGACUGUGAUAUAGACCGCAAAAGUAAACCCAAGAAAAAAAUAAUAACUGAUAAUGUUUAUGUUGUACAACCAAAGCAAAGUCUUCGUUAGCAUCAAUAGCAAAGAUGUAAAGUAACUGUUGGUUAUUAAUAUUCAUUUGAUCCUAAUGCUGCUUGUGAUAGCACUGAACAUUGCUGUAUCCAUUUUGAUAUGCAACUGACCCCACAUAGUACGAGAGAUCAGUUGUUUGUAGUAUUGGUUGCAGUUUUCUUGCAGAUUGUCCUUUUUUAUUUACAAGAAACAGUGGAAAAUAUCACUACCGAUGUUGAUGUUGACAUUCUUAAGAAUCCAGCUUUUAAACAGAAAUCUGGUAGCAACAGCCUCUCUUCUUAUUGUUAACUUUUCUCACCAAGCAGGGUCUACAUUGUAUUUUGAAUUUUAAAAGCUACUCGUAUCCAUAUUUUUGACGUUGAUUUUCAUUUUCUACAUGAAUUAUGAUGUUGGUUGCUUUAUUCUCUACAUAAAUGUGACCAUAUUUGCACUUGCACCUGUCUGCACUGUAACUAGUAUUGAGUGCACUACUACUAGUACUAGCAGCAUAUUUUUAAAGUAAAGUAUACAGUUUUUAAAUGUACUGUAUUGUAUAGUAUAGUAUAUCCGUGCACUUGUUUAUUUUUUGUACAGUCAAACAUGUUGUUGCUGUGCUAGUAGCAUUAAUUGUUGGCUCUAAAGAUGCAGUUGUGUAUUGCUGUAGCAUUUUGCCCAUGCUGCCUUUUGUACAAUAGGGACCAUUUACAUUUACAAAGAUGCAGUAUAUCUCCCAAUCUCCCCCAACACUGAGACCAUAUAGACCACAGGAACAACACUGUUUACUGAUGUCCCAUAUAUUAAAACUCUAAAACAGACUGCAACUGUUUGUUUUCCCAGGGAAACAGAAUUGCUGUAAAGUCAUGCUAUUUAACAAGCUUUACAUGUCACUGAAAUGCUACCUCCCCUAGUUACCUUACCAAUUUUGUUUCUUCGUCCCAAGACUUGCCUUUAAUAUUUCUACCAAUGUCAGUUUUAUAUUUUUUUCUUUAUAUGUCUUAGAUAUUGUGUCCUUAGACUAUAUUCAAUGGAAUCAACAUGAAUGUAAUUCAUUGUACCUUAUAUGGAAACUAAAACCACCACCUAGCAAAUUACACAUAAGUUACUGAAAAACUCUUAUUUUCAAGUUCUGUCGCCAGAAACAAUUUGUACUGGCAACAAAUGAUGUUCUUGUAACACUAGGCACAGUGUGCAAAGAUUACUGUGGCCAGUUGUGUAGAACAGAUGAAAGUCACAUGUACCCUUGGUGAUGCCAAACUCCACUAAACUGAUGGGAACAUCACAUGGUGGAGGUUGGGUGGUGACUGAGGGCAUGGAAGACCCAUGACUGGUCUGAAGCGAUCAGUGCGUCAAUGCAUAUCAUUUACCCAUCAAAGUGCAACUCACCAUUUACCAAUAACUUGUAACAUUAUGUAUAUCUUCAAACAUUAAAAUGUGAAAUGAAUGUUUGAUAAAUGUUCAGCCAUUAUGAUGGUUGAUAAUUAUAGCUAUGUAAUAAUCAUUGUAGUAAUGUACAUGUAGUGUUUUAUGUUUUGCAGUUACUGUAUUUAGUAUAAUUGUGGCAAUAGAAACCACUAUUGUGUAGCCUCAAUUUUAUUGUUAUUCCAAAAAAAUAGAUAUUCCAUGUAAUAAACAUCUAACAAGUUUAUGCA